AGUCGGCACGACGGCACGGCACAAUAGCAUCCCGCCGUCCCCUUUGUAGUUGUUACCGAAUUUCGGUAAUCGUUAAAUCGUUGUUAUCAGAAAAAAACAAUAAGACAUCGUUCCAUUGGCCAAUGAUGUUAUCAAUUUGUCGCUCGUUACGUGUUUGUGUAAAACUGAAGUGAAAAGUGAAAAAUACUGUGGGACACUAAAUUUUAUUGAAAAUGGCUGGGAAUUUUUGGCAAAGUUCGCAUUAUCAACAAUGGAUAUUAGACAAACAAGAUCUAGUCAGAGAACGUCAAUUAGAUUUACAAAUUUUAAGUGAAGAGGAAUAUCAAAAAAUAGGAAUAUUCUUUUCUAAUUUUAUUCAAAUUUUAGGUGAACAACUAAAACUUAAGCAGCAAGUAAUAGCUACGGCAACAGUUUAUUUUAAAAGAUUUUAUGCCAGAAAUUCUCUCAAAUGUAUUGAUCCUUUGUUAUUAUCUCCAACUUGUGUUUUCUUAGCAUCAAAAGUUGAAGAAUUUGGUGUAAUAUCAAACAGUCGUUUAAUAACUACUUGUCAGACAGUUUUGAAAAAUAAAUUAAAUUAUGCAUAUACCCAAGAAUUUCCUUAUCGUACUAAUCAUAUACUAGAAUGUGAAUUUUAUUUAUUGGAAAAUUUGGACUGUUGUUUGAUUGUAUUUCAACCUUAUCGACCAUUACUUCAAUUGGUUCAAGAUAUUGGACAACACGAAGAUCAAUUAUUGGCAUUAGCAUGGAGAGUAGUGAAUGAUAGUCUUAGAACUGAUUUGUCAUUAUUAUAUCCACCAUAUCAAAUAGCUAUUGGAUGUUUACAAAUUGCAUGUGUUAUUAUGCAAAAGGAUCUCAAAUCAUGGUUUGCAGAACUAAAUGUGGACAUAGACAAAAUACAAGAAAUAUCCAGAUAUAUAAUCAACCUAUUUGAGUUAUGGAAAACUUAUGAUGAGAAAAAAGAUAUUCAAGGCUUACUAAAUAAAAUGCCUAAACCUAAAUUACAGCCCACUAGAUAAAAGUUUAUUUUUAUUAGCAAUUUUUCUAAUUUUUUUAUACUAAAACUAAUUUUUAUUUAAAAAUAAAUAGUUUAUUAUUUCUAGUUAAUACUAA